AUGGCGCCUGAUUGUCAUGAUGAAGAUGACAUAGAGGAAACGGGAACAUCAAUAGCGACAGACGAUGACGACGAUGCACAUGGCCAAGAAAGCGUGCCACAAGGCGUGCCGUUCCCGAGGCAGCCGAACGCUGGCAGGCCUUUGCGGCCUAAAAACCAUCGCAAGAAGAAGGUGCAAAGGGGGAUGAACAAAUGGCUGCUUCGAAACCAAGGCCUCCUGCUCAUCGCCUUGGCGCAGGUCUUUAUCAGUUGCAUGUCGUUCUUCUUCAAGGUUCUUAAUUCGCUCGAUACUUCAUCCAAAGUCUCCGCGAACGAGAUCAUUUUGAUACGCAUGAGCAUCACCUGGGUCGCGUGUGUCACUUACCUUUGCGCAACGGGCGACAAGAACCCAAUAUUAGGGCCGCCAGCGGUGCGACACUUACUAAUGCUGCGAGGUUUCUUUGGGUUCUUUGGCUUGUUUGGCCUCUACUUCAGCCUUCAGUAUCUAUCCCUGGCAGAUGCGACGGUCAUUACCUUCCUCAGCCCGCUAGCGACCAGCAUUGCUGGAUACAUCUUCUUGAAAGAAUCUUUUACAUUCCAAGAAGCGAUAGCGGGUCUCGUCAGCCUCGUCGGCGUUGCGCUGAUCGCAAGACCGAAAUUUCUUUUCGGGCCUGCAGCGGACUCUGACCUCGACCAACCCAUCGAGCCAGAGUCGUGGAGCGGGCUGGCAGCAACAUCAGUAUCAGGAAACCUAGCCUUGCCGAAUAGAAGCGACAUUCUACUGGCAAACAGCGGCGCGUCGGUGCUUGCGGCUGGGAUGGCAGUGGCAGGCGAGGUACUAGCCCUUGUGGCGAGUGCAUCAGAAGGCUUUGCACAGUUGGCUACAAACGGCACCGUGCCGACGCACGGUGGGUCCAAGGAACCAGCUGACGUCACGGAAGCGGAGAGGGUCUUGGCUGUGGGUGUGGCACUGCUCGGUGUCAUCGGGUCUGCAGGAGCUUACGCGACGAUCCGGUGCAUCGGCACGCGCGCAUCAGCGCUGCACAGUGUCUCCUACUUCAGCCUUUGGUCAACCCUCGUCGCCGGCUGCUUCAUGUUGAUCACAGGGGAAAAGAUCGUCGCUCCGCAGGAGUUACGGUGGGGCGUGCUGCUCUUCUUCAUCGGCAUCUUUGGUUUCUUGGCUCAGUUUCUCGCCGGAAUGGCUCUGCAACGCGAAAAGGCGGGCAGAGCCGCUAGCGCGGUAUACCUGCAAGUUGUCUUCGCCACCUUUUUCCAGGUCUGCCUGCUGCACAUCCCGCUGGAGCCGCUCAGCGCACUUGGUGCGUCGAUCAUCCUUGCUGCCGCCCUGUACGUCACGCUACUUAAAUAG